AUGGAAUUGACAAAAAUUAUACUAUGGAGAAAAAGAAAUACAAUAAUCCCUUCGCAACCAAACGACGCCGUUCAUGCAGAAUCAGAAGAAAUCAUCAUCGGAGCCGAUAAUCAUGUAACAUCGGAAUCAGCAGAAAUCAUCGGAGCCAAUCAAGAUCUUCUCAACAUCAUCCUCUCCAAGAUCGGAGAUAAGCACCGCCACCGCUGCAAAAUCAUCUGCAAAACAUGGUACGAGUACAUCUCCGGCCGCCGCUACGUCUACAACUUCAAACUCCCGCCUCCCUCCGCCCUCCUCAUCCGCCGCUACACCCGCCUCCGCCGCCCCGAUAAUAUUGUAAAGUACCUCACAGUCCCACUCGUAAAGAACACGGCGGCGGCGCCGCCGCCGCCGCCGCCGCCUAGUCUGGAAUUCCUCCAGUCGAACCGCAUCAAACAAUCGUGCAACGGCCUCCUCCUCCUCUGCCCCGCCGACGCACACACACGCAGUAAAAACACAGCCAACGUGGAUCACUACGUGUACAACCCAACCACCGGCCGCCGCCGCCACAUCCCUCUCCCCACCGCCAAAAACACAAAAAUCGAGAUCAAAUCCAUGAACUUAGCCUUCGAUCCGACAAAGUUGCCCCCCCAUUACAAGAUCGUCUCCCUCUCCACAGUCCACCGGACCUACUUAUCCUACACGCGCCUCCACAUAUACUCGUCGGAGACCCACAGCUGGCGGCCGUCGAAGGCGGACCUCCCAUCGCCGAAAUGCAUCUCCGUCGACUUCAGCAAAGGCGUCUACCUCAACGGCAAAAUCCACUGGCCAUCCCCGAAAGGCGCAACGUCGGUCUACUUCGACGUGGAAAACGAGCGGUUCGAGACAAUGCCGAUGCCGCCGGUUCAAGACUCCGGCGCGUUGAGGAGGACGAUACGAUACUUCGGGGAGUGCGGCGGGAGGCUUAUCAUGAUCGACUCCAGCGAGGCAUCCCCGGCGAGAUUUUCCGUGUUCGAGAUGAAAAAGGACUACUCGGGGUGGACGGUGAAAUACGAGGCGAGGCUAGGGUGGUUGUUCGGUUGGAGGGUGGAGAAGUACCGGAUUCUGUCCGUGAUUCUCGACGGAGAAUCUUUGGAAGGCGAUUUGGCGGUGGUGAUAUACUGCCCCGGUAGAGCGAGGUCCGGUAAGGGGUUGCUGACGUGUAAUCUGAGGACGGAGAGUAUCAAGAAUAUACAUUCGCCGGUCGGCGGUUGGGAUUUGAAGCUGUUGGAGGAGAAAGGAUAUUCUGUUGUUCAUCCUCUUUUUAGGACUAAAUUUCAAGUUUAA